AUGUCCUACGUCCACUGCGAUGCUCGAUGCAAAUCCGACGUCAAUCGAGCCGUGGAAACCGCCAUCUCCCUCCACGGCAAGCUUGACAUAAUGUUCAACAACGUCGGCAUUGGAGACCCCUCCAGUAGCAGCAUCCUCGACGAGGACGACACGACCACGAUGUUCGAGCGGGUGAUGGGGGUCAACGUGCUGGUAGCACUGCUGGGGACCAAGCACGCGGGGCGAGCCAUGGUGGCAGCAGGGCGAAGGCGGAAGCAUCAUAAUCACGGCGAGCUUGGCGUCAGUGGUCGGAGCGCUGGUUCACCCGAUGUACUCGUGCUCGUAGCACGCUGUGUUGGGGCUAGCGCGUUGGCGGAGCUGGGCAAGAACGAGGUGCGUGUGAACUGCGUGUCGCUGUCUGUGGUGGCGACGCUGCUGACGGUGUCGCACUAUCAGGCGAGCGAGGAGGAGCUGGAGGCAUUGGGAGAGGUGAUCUCGACUCUCAAGCGCGUGAUGCUGAAAGCAAAGGACAUAGUGGAGGCGGUGCCGUUCUUGGCCAGCGACGAGUCGAGCUCCAUUGAUGUUCCAUGA